AGCAUGUCGGUCAGCGUGCACGAGACCCGCAAGUCGCGGGGCAGCGCGGGCUGCAUGAACGUCACCCUCUUCCACAAGGCCUCGCACCCCGACUGCGUGCUGGCUCACCUCAACACGCUGCGCCAGCACCGCAUGUUCACCGACGUGACGCUGUGGGCCGGCGACCGCGCCUUCCCCUGCCACCGCGCCGUGCUGGCCGCCUCCAGCCGCUACUUCGAGGCCAUGUUCAGCCACGGGCUGCGGGAGAGCCAGGACGACACGGUCAACUUCCAGGACAACCUGCACCCCGAGGUGCUGGAGCUGCUGCUGGACUUCGCCUACUCCUCCCGCAUCGCCAUCAACGAGGAGAACGCGGAGUCGCUGCUGGAGGCCGGCGACAUGCUGCAGUUCCAUGACGUGCGGGACGCGGCCGCCGAGUUCCUGGAGAAGCACCUGGUGCCCGCCAACUGCCUGGGCAUGAUGCUGCUGUCGGACGCGCACCAGUGCCGCCGGCUGCACGAGUUCUCCUGGCGCAUGUGCCUGGUGCACUUCGAGGCCGUGCGGCGCAGCGAGCACUUCAACAGCCUGUCCAAGGACACGCUGCUGGACCUCGUGUCCAGCGACGAGCUGGAGACGGAGGACGAGCAGGCGGUCUUCGAGGCCAUCCUGCAGUGGGUCAAGCACGACCUGGCCGGGCGGCGCGCCCACCUGCCCGAGCUGCUGCGCCGUGUGCGCCUGGCCCUGCUGCCGGCCCGCUGCCUGCAGGAGGCCGUGGCCCGCGAGGCCCCGCUGCUGGGGGACGAGCGCACCAGGCUCAUCCUGGACGAGGCCGUCCACUGCAAGGCCCGGAUCCUGCAGAACGACGGCGUGGUCACCAGCCCCUGCGCCCGGCCGCGCAAGGCCGGCCACACGCUGCUCAUCCUGGGCGGCCAGACCUUCAUGUGCGACAAGAUCUACCAGGUGGACCACCAGGCCAAGGAGAUCAUCCCCAAGGCGGACCUGCCCAGCCCGCGCAAGGAGUUCAGCGCCUCGGCCAUCGGCUGCAAGGUCUACGUGACCGGGGGCCGGGGCUCCGAGAACGGUGUCUCCAAGGACGUGUGGGUGUACGACACCGUCCACGAGGAGUGGUCCAAGGCCGCGCCCAUGCAGGUCGCCCGCUUCGGCCACGGCUCCGCGGAGCUGGAGAACUGCCUCUACGUGGUCGGGGGGCACACGUCGCUGGCCGGCGUCUUCCCGGCCUCCCCCUCCGUGUCCCUGAAGCAGGUGGAGAAGUACGACCCCGGGGCCAACAGGUGGACCAUGGUGGCCCCGCUCAGGGACGGCGUCAGCAACGCCGCGGUGGUCAGCGCCAAGCUGAAGCUCUUCGUCUUCGGCGGGACCAGCAUCCACCGGGACAUGGUGUCCAAGGUCCAGUGCUACGACCCCUCGGAGAACCGCUGGGGCAUCAAGGCCGAGUGCCCCCAGCCCUGGCGCUACACCGGCGCGGCCGUGCUGGGCAGCCAGAUCUUCAUCAUGGGGGGCGACACGGAGUUCACGGCCGCCUCGGCCUACCGCUUCGACUGCGAGACCAACCAGUGGACGCGCAUCGGGGACAUGACGGCCAAGCGCAUGUCCUGCCACGCCCUGGCCUCGGGCAACAAGCUCUACGUGGUGGGCGGCUACUUCGGGACCCAGCGCUGUAAGACCCUGGACUGCUAUGACCCCACGGCCGACACGUGGAGCUGCGUGACCACCGUGCCCUACUCGCUUAUCCCCACAGCCUUCGUCAGCACCUGGAAGCACCUGCCCGCCUGAGGGCCAGGGGCGCCCGCCGAGCCGGCCAGACGCGCGUUUCUCCCCUGCCCGCGGCUGCCGUCCUCCCUGCCCGGUGGCCGGCUCCAGGCCGCCCGAGGUUCUGCUGGGCCACGGCAGCGUCCCGAGGGGCCGGAGAGCGCCGUCCUGGAACUGCGGCCUCAGGCUGUGACCUUCAGUGAGAGAGGAGCAGCCCCCCGCGGCCAUCUGCCCACCGAGGACUUUCGGACGGUGCUGGUUUGCAGGGGAGAGGCCCUUCGGAGGGGCGUGGGCUGACGGACGCCCUCCGCCCGGACAGGAGGACACGCGUGCACAGCUUCUGGGUGGCCUGUGCCAGCAAGUCUUGCACGGGGCUGGGGAACCCGCAGGAAGCGCCGUCACACCUUCCUGUGGGCUGGCUGUCACCCAGGGAUGUCCCGGCCCCAGAGAGGCGGGACCCGCGGGACCCAGCAGAAGCCCCUGAGGUGGAGGAUGCUUCCAGGCCAGGGAGCCCUGCAGUGACGCCCGCCGGCCGUGGCCUCACACCCCAAGGCUAGAGGAAGCCCAGGGCCCUGCAGCCAGCCCUCAGCUGCCCUGGGGCUGGGCUCACCCACCCGGAGCACCCACUGUGGAAGAAGGGCUGCCGGUGGGAGAGCCGGGGGCUGAAGCUGCCUCUCUAGGGCCCCCCGCGGCUCAGGCCGCUGACGGGUCUCAGGAGAGGGCCCUGCUCUGCUGAGAGCCCCGCCUGGCCAGAGCUGGGCCUGCAGGCGCUGCGGAGAGGAGCACACAGCACAGCACAACCGGCCUCCAGUGGUGCCCGGCCGGGCUCUGCCGGCGACGCGUUGCUGUCGUCUGUCUCUAGCUUAAUAAAAGACACUGAGAA